UGCUAAGGAUGCAAUCUCCAAAAGCAAUUUCUCCUGGACCAAAACCCCUCUAUUGACAUUUAUUGGCGAGGAGGCUCUGUGGAUGUCCACGGAGGGAGUUUUUUAGACUGCUCAUGAUGGAGGUACAAAACUCUCUGGGUAUCUUCGAGGGCAAACCAGGACAAUUGUUCUUCACCUAUGACCAGAUGGCCAUGGAGCAGCACAAAUACGAGUUAGCUGGAAAGCUUAUUGCAUGGUCUGUGGCUCACGGUGGACCAGGAUUUAAGGCGCUUGAUCCCUGUCUCUACCAGCUGAUGUGUAUCCAGGAGUGUCCACUGGAAAAGUUCGACUGGUGCCUGAUACCAGAUGCUGACAUUCAGUAGAAAUUACAAAAGAUUUUGUCAUGUAAAACGACAGCAGACCUCCAUAGGCUGCAGAGAGAGGAGGGAGACUGGAUUUGCGAGUGUGGCGUUCUUGGAAUUUACAGACCUGAUAUUUCCAUUCGAGAUCUACCAAAAAUGUACUCCUAUGCUGUUCAGCACUACAUAUAUCUUAGAACCUCUAAAAUGAUUCAUCAGUUUACAAAGGGACUGAAUGCUUAUGGACAGUUUUGGGAUUUGGUUAAAUCUUACUGGGCUGACUUCUUGCCCAUCUUUACCAACAUGCAUGAGCCGAUAUCAAGAAGCACCUUCAGGAGCCUGUUUCAGAUCCAAUGGAGUAAUGCAACGUCCCACAGGAGGAUGGCUGAGGAGGAAACUAUUAAGUGCUGGGAAUUAGUACUUAAGAUGAUUGAGGACAAAAAAACAAAGUUACAUUUUGAGGAGCUUUUGGUUUUCGUAACUGGAGCAGAAGAGAUCCCGCCACUGGGGUUCCCCCAAAAUCCGAGCAUUCACUUCUACCAGCCAGAGAAGCGUGGAUGUCGUUUUCCGUAUGCUAACACAUGCACAAUGAAAUUGUUCCUUCCCAGAGGAGUGAAAGAUGAGGUGGAGCUUCAGCGAAUGCUCACGAGAGCAAUCAGAGACUUAGUGGACUUCGGGAGAACAUAAAAGUUUAUGGAGGAAAUCUAUUCAAUCAUAAAUACAUCUAUAAGCUUUUUAUGGUUUCAGUUUUUAAGCUAAUUACUGUACAGUGACCUUUCUUUGAUAAACUUUUCUUUUGUUUUGCACAACAUGUCUGCCAAAAUUCGUAGCAGUAAUUGUUGUCAGUCAUGUUGAGGUGGCAUCAUUUGAUCAUUUGAAACGAUGAAAUAUGUUAAUCCAUCCAAUGUUAUCUAUUUAUUGAAUAAGCUAUUAUUUCAUUACUGUAAAGUGACUUUUAUAUGCUAUAUUUUAUACAUAUAU